UUUCAGUCAUUAUGGGUAAAGUUAAAUUAAAGAAAAAAAAUACACCAAAGACAAAUAACAGUAUGCAAGCCCUUCCAUUCAAUACUGGUCGUGGACAACACAUUUUGAAGAAUCCGGGAGUCGUCAAUGCUAUUGUUGAAAAGUCAGCAAUCAAAGCAACAGACACUGUUUUCGAAGUUGGAUCUGGUACAGGUAAUUUGACAGUAGUGCUUAUGGAAAAAGCUAAAAAGGUAAUCGCAUGCGAAAUUGAUCGGCGAAUGAUCGCUGAACUGAAAAAACGAGUGAUUGGAACAUCACAUCAGCAAAAAUUGGAAAUGAAACAAGGAGAUGUGAUAAAAAUGGAGUGGCCUUUUUUUGAUGUGUGCAUUGCUAAUCUACCUUAUCAGAUCUCAUCGCCUUUUGUAUUUAGGAUGUUACUGCAGCGACCUUUGCCUCGGUAUGCUGUAUUAAUGUUCCAAAAGGAGUUUGCGGAUCGAUUAUUAGCAAAACCAGGCAGUAAGUUAUACUGUCGGUUAAGUGUGAAUGUCCAGUUCCUUGCACAAGUAGAACAUUUAAUGAAGGUAAAGCGAACAGAAUUUCGACCACCACCAAAAGUGGAUUCAGCUGUCGUACGCAUCGCACCAAGAAACCCUCCUCCUCAAAUCAAUUUUCAAGUUGAUUCUUUUCUAAUAUGCAAAAAUUUUUCCACAUAUAUGGUGGAAAUAAUAAUAAAUGUACAAGGUUAUAAAAUAAUGCAUGUGCUUUGUAUCAGACUUAUUGGGCACAUUCCUAGCCUUAUUUUUAAUGCGUAUUUUGUUUAUGAGUGUUUUUUUUGUUACUAUGGUACUAAAAAGUGCGGAAAUGUGAAACAGAAAGUCGCGUUCCGCACAUUAAGCAAUUUUUCGGCUGAAAGGUUAUCCAUAUCACUGUUGGCGAAAUAAGAGUCCUGAAGUUUAUAGGAGGAAUGGGAUAAUCUGCUUAGGAUUGUUUUCCUCAGGAAGAAUAAAACCUUAUUGUCACUGUUUAAAAAUAAUCAAGUGUGUGAUUCACUGGAAAAGAGCUACAGGGCUCUCUACAGCAUUAAAAAUAAGGAAGUCGAGAGUCAAUUUAAUAUAAGAGACAAGGUGGAGCACAUUAUCACAGGAAGUGGUUUUGCGUCAAAACGUGCAAGGCAGAUGGAUACAGAAGACUUCCUUUCGUUGUUGCUAGCCUUCAAUAAGGAAGAUAUACAUUUUGUUUAAUGAACUGUUAGCGCAGAAGUACACGACAAGCAUUAAAUAACUCAGCAAAACUGAAUGUUAUUUUGUGGUCAGUCGGACCUAAACGUACUUCCUUCCUGACAAAUGGAAGUAUUCAUUUCCUGCGAUACAUACUAGCUGUUGCUUCGUAUGUUUGUAUUAUAAAACUUUCCGUUUGUUUUCUUUUGUUAUGAAUUUCAUCUUCAUUCAUCUCAUUUGUCGCAAAAAAAAUUGUUAGCUGUCGAAAACUGAAAUAUCCAAACAGGAGUUAGUGGCAAAUGUCGAGCUGGAAGUGUUUAGUGUGUCCAUUGUUGCUUUGUCCAUAGAUUCUAAAGCAACCUAGGUAGAUACCAGGAUAUGUUGCUGAGGUGGAUUUUAUAAUUGAGCAGCAAUACGACAUUGCAGAGUUUAGUUUAGGAGGGGUAGAAAUCUUCAUUAGAAGU